CCGCGCUAAGGCUUAUCGAUAAUCACCUCUAUCCUGACACUUCCUAUCGAUAAGGUCACUCACCGAUGGUGGGGUCACGGACUCACUCUCGGUUUUGUCCCGCAGAGUCACUGAGGCUUCUUGGGACGUACGAUAGAUAUGAGAGCUCAGACUAUCACCAAGGCGAUGGGAUUUACUUAGUUGGAAAAUUUUACAAGAUUUUUGUUUUCCCUUCGAUAGCGGCUCCCACAUAGAUCUCCUUGCUCGCACAUCUCUUUGUAAUUCUGGUUUCAAAAAGCCCACAAUGGCUGCUGGAAUAGUCGAGCUCGAUGCUCAUGAGCAGCCGUCAGAGGCGAUGCGGGCACAGUGGAAGGGAUACUCAAGGGCAGAUCAGAAGGAGCUCAUUAAUGGGGAUUCAAUUGAUGACCCUAGAUCGCUGGAUCAAGCUGGUAAAUUCUCUGUGGCUGGAAAGAUCUCGGUCGACCAGCUCACAACUGCUUUCUCUCACAUAAGCUCGGCCGCGGUCGAUACAUCAACACUUCAGGAGGUGCCCGUUCUUUACCACCCGCUUCUGCCAGGCCUUCUCAUCGCACCGAACCUGGUGCCUCCCGAAGUCCAGAAAAACCUCCUCUCGCUGAUGAUCAACCGAGACCUCAGCGUCCCGACACACAAAACAAACCUGCACCUACAUUACGACUUACCUUAUCCGAAACACGCAGAUGGAUCCUCUGAGUCGUUCUUCUCAUACCCGCCUGACCAAACACCAAUCUUCAUUCCAAAAGAUCCUUCAGUUCAUAAAGCGCUAUCCAUCAAGCAGGUCAUGGAGAGACGGCUCCACUGGGUCACCCUCGGCGGCCAGUACGACUGGACCAACCGCAUAUAUCCCGAAGAUCGCCCUCCUCAGUUUCCCUCAGACAUUGCCCAAUUCUUGGAGGCCCUCUUCCCCGAGACCCUCGCUCAAGCCGCUAUCGUCAAUUUCUACACGCCUGGCGACACAAUGAUGAUGCACCGCGACGUCAGCGAGGAGACCGACAGGGGCCUUAUCAGCCUGAGUUUCGGCUGCGACGGUCUGUUCAUGAUCGCGCCUAACGACCCCGAGAAUAUUUCCGAAGAAGCAAAGGCCACGGGUAAGGAGUACCUCCUCCUCCGGCUGCGCUCCGGCGACGCCAUCUACAUGACCAAGGAUUCCCGGUUCGCGUGGCAUGGCGUGCCCAAGGUCAUGAAGGGGACAUGCCCUGACUAUCUGGCUGACUGGCCAGCGGAAGGUGGGAAAUAUGAGGAAUGGAAUGGGUGGAUGCAGAAUAAGCGGAUAAACCUCAACGUCAGACAGAUGAAAGACUGAUGGCGAGCAUACAAUUGGUAGCUAUAUGUGUGUGGAUAGCCUAGCUUGGGAUCCAAGGAUACCAAUAUACUCCAUCUUUCUUGCCGCUAUGCUAUUUUCACCGAGACCAGCAUCUCCUGUUUGAUACAAUCU